AUGUCGGCCUCUCAGCGAAAGGUGGCAGUCAAGAAAGUGGCGGCAAAGAAGCUCGACAUGGAUUCCUCCCUGUCUGGGGUGUCUUCGGCGGAUUCGGCGAAGCAGCCACAGCCCUCCGGCUCGGCUGAGCCAGCAACAAGUGCGGGGCCUGGCGUAGCGGGGGGCGACACCGCUGAGCAGGGAAAACCGAAACUGUCCCUGUCAUCUAGAGACAGCGACGUUGCAACAUGCACGGCUGAACCCACGCUGGGGGAGGUCGACGGCGGGGGGGGGGAGCCUGCUGCCUCGGAUGCGUCGGUGAUCACUCCGAACGAUCAGACACUGCAGAGAAUUUACAACUGGCAGCAGGACGACCUCUCUCGCAUGCCCAUCAUCUCCGACGAUGAGUCGACGGGCUCUCUACCGGCUUCGCCAAUUAUUGGAGGCAAAAGGAGACAGAGCCUGCUCCUGACAUCCGGGAGGCGUUUGGGCGUAGAGAUGGACGCAGCCACGAAGGAGGCAAACGAGGCGCUCCUCAGGGGGAAAGAGGCCCUGGAGUCUUGCGGCAACAUCAAGAGGGAAUGCAAACAAACGGCAUUAGAAAGUCUCCAAACCCUCUAUGAGAUUACCCUGGCGCUAUCGGACUCCAGGUCCAGACAUAAGGAGAACCUGGAGAAGGAGCGGUCGAGGCACGCCAGGGAGCUCUUGAGGGCUGAGAGGGCUCACAGAGCCUUUGAAAGGAUCGGCCAGAUUGACCGGGGGCUCGCGGACCUGAGAAAAAGACAGGAGGACUUGGCUGCCCACCUAGUUCAGCAUAAGGCGAGCCCAACCGAUGGCAGCCACGUAGAGUUCUCAGACAUUAAGACAGGAUUGAGAACACUGUCAUCCCAACUGGAUGCGCUCCGCAGGGACUCCGAGAAGGCCGAGAGGGAGAGCCUAAAAACCGGGGAAGCCUGCCGCGAGGUCCUCUCUGCCAUCGGCUCACAACCAAACGACCAAGGCAUGGCCGGCGUGGGGGAGGAGAUUGCGAGUAUUAGAGCGGAGAUCGCUGAGCUCUCCAACUGA